GGUGAGUGCGUCUGCUUGAGUGCGCCGCGCCGCACGCUACCGUACUGAACGCGCUUACGCACCUACAUCGAUCUCCUUUAAUAGUGUGCAUAAAGUCUGACUUAUUUUCAGUGUGUAAUUAACAUUAACGAUCUCUUUUAGUUUCUUAUUUGAGAAUGUUUUUUAUGCGUUAAAGUUUUUACUGUUAUUUCAUCUAUAAAAUAUGGAUCAAAGUGAAAAGGGUGUCCGGAAUGCUCCAGGCGCCCAUACUGCGAUCUAUUUCCGGGCACAAGCGUAGGACGUAUUCUUGUAAGCGCCGUUCAUUUUGAACUACAACAUGCGCGAGCUCGGCCGCGGGGGCUCACUCGUAGCAGCCACCAUAGCGGCAUUGCACAACCGCGCCUCGAUCGAGGAGAAACCGCGUCCGGUCAAACCGGGAUCUGCUUGCGGAGAGUCCAGAAAUGUUUUGCGAUCCGUGAAGGAAGAUAGCGCCGACCGCCUACGACGUGCAUCGGGUGGCAGCGAGCGCCCUGUGUCCACAGCGUCGGAGGCGUCUGAACGGGAUUCCGCAUCGGUUCAGUCCAGCGAGGAGCCGCCCCCAUGCGAGAGCGGCGACUCCGAUAGCCCGGACGAAGCAACAGUGAAGUGCACAACGUGGAAGGAAGGAGUUGUGCCUCCGUCAGGCCGCGCCGACUCCUCCGAUACAGAAUCAAGUUCUAGUGACGUUGACUCCGAUGAACACGAGUACCAGGCCCAAUGCGUGGAUGUUGACUACCGCACUCUGACACCGAGCAGGAGGUUGGACAACUCAACACGCCGUGAUGAUGAUUUUAAAUGGAUGCCUACCGGAGAAAUAGUAGAUGAUGAUGUAGAGGAACCGACAACGAUGGAGCCCCGAGCAGAAGAGUAUUCAUCGGCUAGUUUAGACAGAAGGCGGAGAACACCUAGCGAUCGUAACGAUCGCGAUCGCAAAUCUAGGUCAUCGCUGUCGACAAAGCCGCCUCAACAUCCGUCUAGCGUGCGAGCGUCACCGCGACCUCGACGCUCAAGACCUGAGGAGUCUACUCCUGAGCUUCAAAGACGUUGGAAUUCGUAUGAACACUUCCGAUAUCCAGACGGUGCACCCGCUCCGGCGCCUUGGUGGCCGCCAAUGUGCUGGUGUCACGGGCCGCCCAUGCCUCCGCCCUGCUGCAUGCACGACCGAAAUUGGCCCUCGCACCCUUCGCUCCCACCAAUACCCACUCGAACAUACAAGAACGAUGCAGAGGAGCGAGUGCGGCGACUGGAGGCGGACAAGGAGAGCCUGCAGUUGCAGGUACAGGUGCUUUCGGAACAAAUUUCCGCACAAAGUGAAAAGAUGACCGAUCUGGAACGGGCGUUGCACGACACUCGGCAGAGACUCGAUGACGCUGAACAAAGGCUACAAAAGGAAAUGCUCCAAAGAUCAUCACUAGAGACACAAAAGCUGGAAUUGUUGUCUAAACUCAGUGAAGUGCGACUCCGGGCGGCGGAGCGUGGCGUCCUAGAGAGAUCGCCGCCUCCGAUGGAUAUCACUACAACUCCAUUGGCUAGGCCUGCACCUCCGAGGACGCCACCAGCAAACUAUGGUCGUCAGAUCGAGCGAAACACGCACAUGUACUCCUCCCUACCACGAUCGUCCAUCAUCACGUCUGAGGCGCGCGUGGCGUUCGGUAAACAGAACAACAUGGUGGUGGCGCGGGGACGCGGGCAGUCCGUUCCGAAUCUAGCGGAGAAGGAAGAGGCGGUUCCGCGCGGCAGCCCGUCGCCGUCGCUGCGCGAGGUGCGCUCGCGCCUGGGCAGCGGCGGCGUGGCGGGGGUGCGGCUGGAGGGGGACGAGUUCGCGCGCUCCUCGCUGAGGGCCUCCACGUCCGCCGCCUCCCCGCACUUGCACCGGCCGCAGUCGGCGCCCUGGCAAACAAUCGACGUGCGGCAAUGGGAUUGCGAAACCACCUGCGGCUGGUUGGACAGCCUCGGGCUGGACGUGUACGUGCCACCGGCGCGCACGUGGCUCAAUGCGACGCCCGACGCACGGGGCGUCAUCGCGGCCGCUUCGCAUCAGCAAAUCGAGAAGGAGCUCUGUAUUAAACACCCGAUGCAUAAGAAGAAAAUCGUGCUCGCCCUUACUGAUCUAUUAGGCGGGCACGGCGACCCGCUGCUGACAGCGGCCGGGCAGCUGGACGGCGCGUGGACGCUGCGCUGGCUGGAGGACGUGGGCCUGUGCGGGCACCGGUCGGCGGCGGCCGAGGCGGCGCUGGACGGGCGCACGCUGCACCGCCUCUCGCACACGGAGCUGCACACGUGCCUGCGGGUCACGCUGGCUCUGCAGGCGUUGUCGGUCCGGCGAGGCAUCCAAGUGCUGCGCGAGAACAAGUUUAACCCGGAUACGAUGGUGCGGCGAGCCCCCGAGGGCGAGGGCGGCGGGGAGGGCGCCCAGAGGGACGAGUUGGUGCGCUGGUCCUCGCACCGCGUCAUGCAAUGGCUCAAGGAGAUCGACCUGGCCGAGUACGCGCCCAACCUCAGAGGAGCUGGUGUACAUGGCGGUUUGAUGCUCCUAGAGCCGCGUUUCAACGCCGAACUGCUUGCCGUGCUGCUCAACAUUCCUGCAAACAAGACUUUACUCAGACGACAUCUUACACAGAGGUUCAACGACUUACUCGGUAGAGAAAUUAUACAGCAGAAACGCAAUGCAGAACAAACACUCGGCUACCAGCCUCUCACAGCUACCACCAAAUAUAAGGUACCAAAGAAGAGUCAGUUCUCGCUGAAGCGAAAGAAGAGCAAAGACGACCUGGACUUGGGUGACCUGGUGUGCCCGCUGCACGACGACGGCUCAGACGAUGAAAGUAAAAUCAGCGGGCGGAGUCGCGUCGGGUGUCUGUCCCCCGCGUGACGAUGCGCGCGCGCACUAACGCCCGCUCCCGCGCCCGCUAUCGCUGUGCGGCGCAGAGACUGUCGUGUGACUGGACGAGGGCACUGAACUGCCAACUGUGUGUGGUAUUUACGUGCAUACAGCGUAUUCGUUGUUCAGAGGUUGAUUUUAUAUUGCAUACCUGUCGUAAGUGGUUGGCGCUGUUACUCUAUAGAAACCCAUGAAAAUAUAUACGAUUACAGUAUAGUCACUUUUAAAUAAUGGUACGAAUCAAUUACAGGUUAUGUAUAUGAACCUGACUACACAUCUCCAUC